AUGCCAGAUUUACAACUGAAAGACGUCGAAGCUUGUCGCAAAGUUUAUGGUGCUGGUGGAAGUCCAACCGAAAUUUUGUUAGCAAUUUGGGGUUCAAAGGGCAAUAAAAUUGUUCAGCUUUAUAAUUAUCUUGGACGAAUAAGAAAUAUACGAGCAAUGAGAAUUAUUCGUCAUCUCGACAUAUUCUUUCUUUUUUUUGAUUCAUUUAAAUUUAAAAUAAAUAUGGAAAGGUUUUCUUGUUCAACUAUAUACAAUGCUCCAUCUAUUAAAUAUAACGAGGUUUUAUUGGCCACAAACAACUUCGCUGAUAGUCAAAUUAUAGGUCGUGGAGGCUAUGGAAUUGUUUAUAAAGGUGACUGGAAACGUACGAAGGUUGCUGUAAAGCGGAUUCAAUCAAAAAACAAUUCAAUUAAAGAAGGUUUGCAAGAAAUGCGUACUCUUGCUUUAUACCGUCAUGAUAAUAUUCUGCCACUCUAUGGAUUUUCUUUCGAUGGUCCAGAGCCGUGUCUUAUUUAUCAAUUUAUGGCCAAUGGUUCUCUCGAAGAUUAUAUAAAAUGCAAGAAAACAAAUAUAUUAACAUGGCAACAAAAGUGGAAUAUUGCAAUAGGAGCGGCUCGAGGUUUGCAUUAUUUGCAUACUGUUGGAUCUGCACCAUUAAUUCACGGUGAUAUCAAAUCAGCUAAUAUUCUUCUCGAUAGAUAUUUCGAAGCGCGAUUGGGUGAUUUUGGACUUUCCCGCAUUGGAAAGGUUUCUAAUUUUUCGAUCGCAGCAAAUGUAAAAGGCACUCUUGCCUAUCUUCCUCUGGAAUUUCUUACUAGAAGAAUAAUAACAACGAAGUUGGAUAUUUAUGGUUAUGGAGUUGUAUUAUUAGAAAUUGCAACUGGUAUUGGAGCGUUUGGUUGUUCGCUAGAUGAAUCGAAUCUUGCUAGUUAUUGCCAUAAGAUUAAUUCUUCCACCAAAGAUAAUUCUCAUAAAAAUGUGGAACUUAUUAUGGAUCAUAAAUGCCCAUCUAAUGAUUUGCAACAUAAUAUUUAUCGAAAUUUGUUGGAAAUGGGAUUAAAAUGUACGGAAACGGAUUGGAAUGAUCGGCCAUCUUCACAAAGGAUUCUCGAUGAAUUAAUUUAUUAUGAGUCUACUUAA